AUGUUUCCCACUGGCGGAUCAUUUCGAGGUUCCAGAGGAGCCUCCUUUGCACAAAUCCUCAUGAAGAACUUACCUGUGAAUGCACAACUGACUGAACCAUACAAGCCUCCGUUGACUCCAUCAGCCUCGAAUGGUCCUUGCAAAGAUGCCUUUAACCGACAAGUGAAAAGUGCAUUCAAACCUGGACCUGCUGUCAAGCCAAAAUUUUCACCAGAACUACUGGUUGACAGAUACCUGAAAGGCGAAACACAUGCUGUGACUUUGCUCCAUCAGCUUGCCCAGAUUUUGCAGUUCCACAUGGAAAUAAAGGAGACUGUGACCACAGGCAACAUACCAGGACUCUAUUUUGCCUUCUGUGUGGUGAUUGAUGGGUUUCAGUACAAGACUGGCAUGGGAAUAACAAAAAAGGAUGCUCGACUCAAAGCAGCAGAACUUGCUCUGCAUGAUCUUCUGCCCACCUUGGACUGUCUGAAGUCUGUCCUCCCUGAGUCUUCAGAUAUUCCUCCACCACUGCCAGUAAAAGAGGAGCCCUCUGUCUCUGACAUCCGUCCUUGUAGAGCCAUUCAUGAAAGGAGGAAUUCUGCCAACCUCCAGAUUCCCCAUGCUGUCAGGGAUCAGCUGACUAUACUGAUGAACAGCCAUCUAGAGUUCUCUGCCUGUGCAGGCACCACAGCAGCAUUCAUCAUUCAGACAUCCAGUGGAUGUGAGGUGGUUGCUCUUGGCACUGGGAACUUCAAUACCAAAGAGAACACCUCGUCGAGUGGACGGAUUGUGCAUGAUUCACAUGCAGUUGUGACUGCAAGGAGAUCUCUCAUGAGGUUUCUGUACCGGCACCUGCUGAUGUUCUUCAGCGAAAAGGCCAGUCUGAAGGAGAAGUCGAUCUUCCAGCAGAACAGCAGCAGCCAUCUCCUCAGCCUGAAGAGUGGCAUCACCCUUCACCUUUAUGUUAAUCAGCUACCAAAGGGUGCUGCUCAGAUCCCUUCCAAGCUGCGCCUGAACCCACUCUCUAUUUCGGCAUGGCAAGUCAACAAUGAGAUCAGCCUGCACCUGUCAGUGGAGGGCAAGGUAUUCUCAGUUUUCUCUUCAGCCUUUGAUCGCUGUGCCUCCAAGGUGAUCAGCAUGUCCACCACAGACAAGAUCACUCAGUGGCAGGUGCUAGGAUACCAGGGGGCCUUGCUCAGCCACUUCAUCGAGCCCAUCUAUGUCCACAGCAUCCUCAUAGGUGAUUCUGGCUGCAGUGAUAUCCGUGGCCUGGAGAUGUCCGUGAGCCAGCGUGUGGAGGGCAUCACCUCUCAGCUGCCCAUGUUCUACUGCAUGAUGAGGCCCCACAUCAGCCUGGUGCCCACUGUGGCGAUUAACAGCGCCAACAGUAGCCAGCUGACCUACGCUAUCAACUGGAGCGAAGGCGACGGCUCCCUUGAGGUUGUGGAUGGUCUGGAGGGCAAGACCAUAGAGGAAUCUCCCUUUAAGAGUGGCUCUGCUCUGGCAAGCCGUCUUUGCAAAGCGGCAAUGCUGCACCGCUUCAAGUUGGUGGCCAAAGAAGCCCAAAGGCAGGACCUGCUGGCCACAAGCUCCUACAGAGAAGCUAAGAGGAUGGCAAAGCCGUACCAGGAGGCCAAGAACAUGUUGAGGGCGUACCUGUUGCAACAGGGCUUUGGUUCCUGGCUGGUCAAGGCUUCGGUCAGUGAUAACUUCAGCAUGUGA